AUGAAAUUAUGUUGAUAAAAUGGUAUUUUCGUAACUGUUUCUUAGUUAACUGAUUGCAGUAUUAAUUGAGAUUUUCUGAGGUCAACUGCUUACGAAUUCGAAAUCGAUAAUGUCAAGUAAACUAAUUAAGAUUGGGUUUAUUGGGGGUGGCAAAAUGGCACAAGCCAUGGCCAAAGGGUUUAUCAGCACAGGACUCACUAGCGGCCAAUCCAUGACUUCAAGCUGUCAUCCAUCGGAUAUCCUCUCAGUGGAGGCAUUUAAGGGCAUCGGAGCAAAAACGACCUUUGAAAACGAGGAAGUUGUGGAAAAUUCCGACAUAGUCGUGAUAGCGACAAAACCAUCGAUAAUACCAAUAGCUUUGGAACCGAUUAAGAAGAAUGAGAUAAAGGCCAAUAAACUUUUUAUGUCGAUUGCCAUGGGAGUAACGUUGAGACAACUAGAACAAUUAUUGCCUACGGAAGCCAGAGUAAUCAGAGUAAUGCCGAACACACCCGCGUUGGUCCAAAACGCAGCAUCUGUAUUUGUUAGCGGCAAAAACGCAACCAAAGAUGACGCCCGAGUUACUAGAAAACUACUUCAAUCUAUCGGAACAUGCGAAGAAGUGCCCGAGAGUUAUCUCGAUCCCAUUACCGCACUAAGUGGGUCUGGACCUGCAUAUGUAUAUGUGAUGAUUGAAGCGCUUGCUGACGGUGGUGUGAAGAUGGGUUUACCGAGAGAUCUAGCAUACCGAUUAGCGUCCCAAACCGUACUCGGAGCAGGGCAAAUGGUAAGGGAUACCCAAAGGCAUCCUGGUUCUCUUAAAGACGAUGUUUCUUCACCAUCUGGGUCCACAGCCUACGGGUUACAUUAUCUAGAAGAAAAAGGUUUCCGAAGUGCUGUGAUAGGUGCAGUGGAAGCCGCCACCAAACAGUGUAACACGUUUUCAUCAAAAGGACUCCAAUGAUGACCGUUUCAUAUUUCAUUGUGAUAUUUAUUAGCGUUUAUUUAUAUUGUAUUACAAAACAUAUUUAUCUAUAGUAACAAAAUAGUAGCGUAAGAAAUGUAAAUUUAACUUAUUUAUUUUUAUAAAUAAAUAUUUACUGAAAUAUU